AUGGAAAACAAAAACGAAAUUUUCUCACAAAGGCUGGUCAAAGCAGUACUAUGGAAUAUUGUGUUGCAAACUUUACUUGCAGCUCUAUUAGUUUUUGUUAUACAAGUUAAUCCCUUACAUCCUUUGUCGUGGAUUAUUUCAACAUUUCAUGACAUAUUUAGUUGGAAAAUGUGCUUAAAUGUUGUCUUGCUGGGCCUCGUAUCAUUUUUUCAAGCAUAUGUUUAUGGGAGCUAUUAUACAAUUCAGCGACCUAAAAAUUUCACGAGAUUUUCGAUAUUCUUGAAUACAUUUACCAUGCAGAACAUAAUCUUUGGGAUUCUUUAUUCCCUUAAUGGAUAUUUUGCCAUGAGCUUAUAUUCAUCUUUGGCUGGAAGUAACUACAAUGUACUGAAAAAAAAGUGUGAACAAUAUGAUGGCCAGUGUCUUUCAGAACAAAGUUUAUUCUUACAGUUUGGUGGCAUGUGGAUGGGUCUGUAUUAUUUCCUUCAAGUUCACAUAUUUGGCACAACAGUUUUAACAUUUCCUCAUAUUUACCAAGAGAAACUACAGCAGAUUAAAUUAGUAGUGAGCCACAUUAUUUCAACUGGAUUUAGGAAGUCAUUUGUGCCAGUAUUGUAUUUUUGUAUUUUUUAUUAUCUAUGGGGUAGUAAGCCUAGAAAUGUUGUUAGUGAUGUUUACAGUUUAUAUCUAGAGGACCCUCCCUUGGAUAAUGUAGUAAUAAUGUUGACAACUGGUAUUUAUAUUGGACUUUGGUUCUACACCAGUUUAUUUUUCAUAUCAGUUUAUACCAUGAGAACAAUAUUCAAUAUAGUACUUACAGAACCAAUGAAGUUUCCAAUUGAAUCGGAUAAUAAACUUACACUUUGCAAUGCUUUAGCACAAACAUCAAAAUUCAAUAAAUAUUUAGCAGCAUUAGAUUUAAAAAUAAUGUCUAUGACUGAUGCCAAUAGGAGAUCUGAAAUAUUUAUUCUUUCACAACCUGGGGGGCAUCCAAGAAACUGGAAUAAUUUAUUAGAGAAAUGUAUGAGUAUAAUCAAUGAAUUUAAUAAAGAAUUGGAUAUUAUACAUGGUGAUGGAAGUGCUGGUGAACCAGAUAGUUCAUAUAGCAUUCAACUUAAAAACACAGGAACUAAUGCGUCUUCACUUACGUCAUCAUUAUAUUCCAGUCCUCUUAGGAAUAUGGCACAAUCACCCCAACUACUUUUAUUGAAAGAUCAUAAUAAAAAUAAAACUGAUGACACCUUCAGUAAUGCUGUGAAAGAAGAAUUUAACAAUUUUAUUCAGAGACUUUGCCAAAAGCCAGGUAUAAGUUAUUUCUUUGGUGAACUUACAGAUACAAGAUUAAAAUUUUUAUUAAUUCAGUCACAACCACUCGUUUGGACUUGCGAAGGCUUGGCCACAAUUGUAGCAGCUUCAUUAAAAGAAGAUAAGUAUGGUAUUGUACAAAGUGAUUUGCCAGUGGUUAUAACAGCCUUAAUUAAUUUAAAACAAAAACUGGAUAAGUUGAUUAAACCUGGUCUUGUACCUCGAAAACAUUUUGUGAACGAUGGAUUUGCUUUAAGACUUAGAUCUGCUCUUAUAUCAUCUGUGAAAAGAAGUUUGUAUAAAAUUGUAAUUACAUUCUCAAAGUUUAUUCAUGAGAUACCAUUAGAACAUGAGAUUCAAAUGGCAAUACAACCCUUUUUGUUUUGUAAAGAACCGUAA